AUGGCCUCAAUUAACAGUUCACAAAGUUCAGUUAGCAUUCCGAUCUGUUUAAAUUUUAAUAGGGUGGCAAACCACGGAUUAAUUAAGAUUUUACCCUACAACGGAAAAAUAAAAGUGAUUUUGACAGUUUUAUCAAGCUAUUUACAAUUUUUGUCAGCUGAGAACGUUCUAACUAGUUCCUUGAUUGUCAAUGUAAUAAUUAAUAAUAUACAUAGAAUUCAAGUGGGUGAAUAUGUUGUUUAUACUAGACAGAUUCAUUGUAGCAGUUCACACCAAAUUCACGUGUAUCAACAAAAAUGGGUCAAAAGUCAGUCCUAA